AUGCUUGGCACCACACGAAUACGAACCACAGCGUAUCAUCCAUCUGCUAACGGACUGGUCGAGCGGUUACACAGACAGCUAAAGGCAUCGUUGAAAGCACAUUCCAACCAGCAGUGGACGGAGACACUUCCCCUCGUCCUGCUAGGCAUACGCACAGCAGUAAAAGCAGAUCUCGGGUGUUCAGCAGUAGAAUUGGUCCUUGGUACAACCAUCAGAUUGCCAGGUCAGUUCGUAGAGACUGCAAAACCAGACAGGGAUCUUGACCCAAGCAACUACGUCCAUCGCCUGAAACGUCUCAUGCAAGACACGCGACCGUCGCCUACAAGAACUCGACUGAGAAAAUCUCAAAUUCACCCCGAGCUCGCCACUUGCACCCACGUUUUCGUCAGGCACGAUGCCGUCAGAAAACCACUGCAACCCCCUUACGAUGGCCCUUUCCGAGUCCUCAAAAGAGCAGACAAGUACUUUGUUCUGGAACUCAAUGGCAGAAGGGACACCGUAGGUAUCGACCGCCUCAAAGUAGCAUACUCCGACAAAGACAUGGUAACAGCACCGGAUCACAAUCCGCCUAUUGUGAUUGACAAGCCUAUUGCCAAGCCAACUCGACCUCCCGUGCCAGACACAUCAGUAGCGUCGCCCAAAUUGCCUAUUUCUCCGGUGGUAACAUCCCUGAAAUACAGGGACGGAAUCAUCACUUGUGACGCAGAUGCCAAUCCAUUCCAACACAUUGAGUAUAACCUCAUUCUAAAUGGCACCAAGCCUAGCGCGCCUACGGGUAAAACCCUGGCAUUUAAUGUCGAUGACAAUAACUGCACAGAGGUCAGCUGUAAUGUCACAAAUGCGAUUGGAACUGGGUCACGGAAACUUGAAGAACCGCUUUGCCCAGUUGUUCCGGUGGUAACAUCCCUGACAUACAGGAACGGAAUCAUCACUUGUGACGCCGAUGGCAAUCCACUCAGACACAUUGAGUAUUACAUCAUUCUAAAUGGCACCAAGCCUAGCGCGCCUACUGGUAAAACCCUGGCAUUUUAUGUCGAUGACAAUUACUGCACAGAGGUCAGCUGUAAUGUCACAAAUGCGAUUGGAACUGGGUCACGGCAACUUGAAGAACCGCUGUGCCCAGUAUUGCUUCGGACGACAGGUGUAAGUGAAAGCACGAGUACUAGGCCCACAGAUGCCUCGAAGAGGAGUGGUUCUUCACUUGUAGGCAUCAUUGUUGUAUCUGUAGUGGCAGUCAUUGUCAUUGUGGCCGUGGUUGGUGGUCUCGCUUUUGUCGUGUGGAGGCGUCGUCAUAAACAACAACGGACAGAAACAGGCGUAAAAGAUGACCUAAAUGACGUUGCAUCACAAGGAGCAGACAGUGAGCUCCCACCACUGCCUGUCACUGAUCAGUCGUCUCCUGGACUAGAUCCCCAUCAUCCGAACGAUAUUCCUCUGGAACCAAUUGCCUCAGCAGUGGUAUGCGAAAGUAUUUCCAUUGAAGACGGCGUUGAGGCAUCAAACGACGUGGCGUACGGCAACGUAGGACCGGAACUCUCUUUCUCGCGAGAUCUCGUGGUGAUCGAGAAUGAGCUGGGACGAGGAGAGUUCGGCAGAGUGCUUUUGGGAAAGGCACUUGGAAUCGAGGAAGCCGGAAAAGAAACUAAGGUUGCCGUCAAGACUGUGAAAGAGGGCGCCGACAAACACGCCAAGAACGAGCUUGUGGCCGAGUUGCAAGUGAUGAAAACAGUCGGCUCUCAUCCAAACGUGGUCAAGCUGCUGGGAUAUUGUGCAGAAAAAGAUCCGGUGUACGUUAUUGUUGAGUACCUUGCUAAGGGUGACCUGAAGAAAGUUCUGAGUGAGUAUCGAGAGAAGGACCCUGGGGCAGAAUACUCCAACCUACCCGGCGUGAGCAAAUCACUGGCUAGGACAUUGGUCAAGUUUGCCAGGGAUGUCGCAAAUGGAAUGGCUUACAUAUCCUCUCAAAAGUAUGUGCAUCGUGACCUUGCCGCUCGUAACGUGUUGGUGGGAGAUGACCUGGUGUGUAAAGUGUCUGACUUUGGACUGGCCCGUGACGUCAUGAACACCCUUAUCUACCAACGACAAUCACAGGGUCCUCUUCCCAUGCGCUGGAUGGCGUUGGAAUCCAUUCUUGUGGACGUGUACACAACAAAGAGUGACGUAUGGUCUUUCGGGAUUCUGCUGUGGGAGAUUGUGACACUUGGUGCGCGGCCGUAUCCGCUGUUGACAGCAACGACAAUGAUAAGCAAACUACAGCAGGGCUAUCGUAUGCCGAAGCCUCGACAAUGCAAGAAAACGCUGUACAAAAUGAUGUGCAGCUGUUGGAAGGAGGUUCCCAAGGAACGACCCAGCUUUCAGAGUCUGUAUCAGCAGUUGGACGACAUGGUGUCUGAAGAUCAGGAUUACAUCAACAUGGGCAACCUGGAUAAAAGGAUCUACGAAGUAAAAAUCGUGGAACGCACGAAAGAAAAACUGUGAGAGUAGACAACA